ACAUCCGAACGGAAGUGCCUCGCUCGGUCUCGCUCCCGCCGCGAGGAUCCGGUGGGUGUAGCUCUCGGACACGCCCGAUCCACGAUGGGCGUAGUCAGAGCCAGCUGCAACGAUUCCGUCUAGUGGGGAAGCUUUUUCGGCGGACACGCGGUCAUCCGCAACGUCACUUUGCGAUGCGACGCCGAGCCGCCUGCUCGUGUCGUCGGCCUCGUGUGAAGAUUGUGACAUAAUCGCGAGGAACGAUCGAGGGGCCGAUCUAUGAAUCGGUUACCGAUCACUCCGAUGACAUUCACGUUCGAAACUGUGCGAAGAAACUGUGCCGUUCAGACACAGGGCAGACACGUCGUCUGCAGGAAAUAUCGUCUACACUAAUCGAUCGGUUCGAGGAAUCGUCUAGAUCGGAUGGAGACUUUAUCCUAAAUAGGGAUAGCUUCAAUCACAGUGUUUGUUUGAUUUAAGAGCCAUUCUGCUACACCUUACUCGCUCAAUUAUCGGUCCUUUAAGCAGUUUGAGCUCCACGGACUCGUUCGAAUCAGUGUCGGUAGCGAGAAUCAUUGAUAACAAGUGGACACCAAAGCGUCUAGUUCCGAUUAGUGUUGAUAUUGAAAGACAAUAUCAUCGGGAAGCAUGUGUUAGAGAUCUACAGUGAUCGCAGGAUAUGGCAGCUAUGCAUUACAACGCGCAGAUGGUCUCGGAAGAUUUGCAUCAGCAUCCGCGACAUCUCUACAAUCUUCAACAGAGGCUCCAGGAUUCCGGAUCCUCGCCUAGAUCGGAGGACGCUAGAUCGCCGCUGAACAGUCGAGUGAGAUCGCUUGAGGAAGUGCGUUUCGUGGGUGCUAGAUCGCCGGACGUGACGGAAGACAGAGUGAUUAGGUACCACGACGACGCCGGGAACAAACGUUUCUCCAAGGACCACGUGAAUCCUGCUUUCUUCCAGGACUCGGAAAACCCUACUAGAAAAUGUUUCAGCGACGAAAUAGCGACGAAUCGUUGCCGCGAGUCGGAAAGCUCUCCCGGAAGAACGUCGUCGCCGCAAAACUACAUCCUCAGCUCGUCCAAUCAACACAGCAGCUCCAUCGGCAAGACAUCCUUCUGCAUCGACGCGCUUCUGGGUCGUGCCACGAAGCAGAAUGAAAUCGAGCAGUCGGCGGCCGAUCGGCAGAAAGCGUUCUCCAGAAGCCAAUCCGACAGUCUGAAUCUUAGCGGGAUUCAGGAACGAGAAUCUCCCAGCGCCAUCAGAUGCCCCGUGGACCAAAGGACCACCCUGGGAAACCCCUUAAAUCCCUUUAUUCAGCAUCACAAGUCCGAGUCGCCCGGUCUGGAGGCUCGGGAGAGACACUCCACCGAUCGCGGCACCGUCCUCGGUCUUCACCCUGCCGAAUCCGGCGUGUCUGUCCAGCGGAACCAGUUCAGGCCGGAAACGGGGACCAGCAACUACCGGAACGACCGGUUGGAGAACGUCGAGGACGACACGUCCGUCGACGUGGAUCCGACGCGGACCGGGAGCGCCAGUCCUGGAAGCAACGCGAGUCGCAGCGCCGCUUCCAGCCCUCCAAUAUCUCCCGGCUCGGAGGAUCCUACGAGCAAUGGCGUCCUGGGCCACCAGGCUCUCGCAACCGGGCCUUACGGGGUGAGCGCGGCCGUGGUCAGGCAGAAUCAGGGCAUCCUGCUGCAUCCCGCGGGACCACUUAUCCAUCCGAGUGGAUUGUACUAUCAUCCGGCCGGCGGCAGCGCCUUCCACUCGAUACACAAGGAGGGUCAGCCGGUCGGCCAUCCCCAAUCCGGCGGGCCUCAUCCUCAGCAGCAUCACAUCCAUCCACUUCAGCUCGAGUGGUUCGCCCGGACCGGCAUGUUGUAUCCCAGAUUGCCCGCGGAUUUAGCCGGUUGUGCGGCACAACAUGCAUUGCUGGGCAAGACCAGAAGGCCAAGGACGGCCUUUACGUCCCAGCAGCUCCUCGAAUUGGAAAAGCAAUUUCGGCAGAAUAAAUACCUCAGCAGACCGAAGAGGUUCGAGGUCGCAACGUCGCUGAUGCUCACGGAAACGCAGGUGAAAAUCUGGUUUCAAAAUCGCCGAAUGAAAUGGAAGCGUAGCAAAAAAGCGCAGCAGGAGGCUCGCACGACCGGGAAAGCCGAAGAGACCGGAAGCACGAGAAGCGUCGAGCGAGACGCCGGAAGUGACGUUAGCGUGAACGCGCCUGGAACACCGGAGGAACCCAGAGGAACGCUCCAGGAAAGUCAGAGAACUGGGACGGACCUUCAGGAACCUUUGUAUCGGCCUUACGUGGUUUAAAAAAUCACCAGAGGCUCGUUUAAUCUUUGGAAGACCAACAUUUUUCAAUAAAUAAACCGCGAACAUUUUUGCCGCUACAGUUCUAUUUAUUAUUGUUUUAUUUAUUAUUCAUAUUUUGCAAUAAGCAAAUCACAAAAUAUUUUUCUCUGUUUAUUAUCGUUUAUGACGAAAGGAAUAAGUCAGGAAAAAGGAAUAUUUUUCUCGAAGGAUUAAGUAGGAAAUAUUAUAUAUUGUUGGCCCUCCAACGAUUAGAAAGAUGCGAAAAUCAUCAAGCUGACUGUGCUUCUUGAACAAUUUAUUUGUUAAGGAAAGUCAUUAUUUCAGAGUCUUUCAAAAUUCGAAUCUGAAGAUUCGACUAAGUUAAUUCUGCUUAAUUAAUUCAACCGCGCAUAUGUUCUUAUAUAGAUACUUUUGUAGUAAAAAUCAAGAAUCUUUCUGUCAUUUCAAUCGCAAUAUAAUUCUCAUAAUCGAUUAUAACAGCAAACUGAUAAAGCUAUAUGACUUAUAAAGGAGAAAUUAAAAUCAGCAUCAUUUUUUGUCAGAAAAAAAUCCAGCUUAUAUCAAUUAGUCACAUUUCUACUGUCAGAGAUAAACGGAAGAAUUAUUUUUGCGUGCAUCGAUAUUAUCGAAAUUACCUCGGUGUUGAUAAAUUUUGAUUUCGUAAUUUUUUACCAAAAAAAAAUAAUUGAUCUCGUGUAUAUAUAUCUCAUCUCUAUAAUUUCUUUUGCACCAGAAAACCUAAUGUAAAUAAUUGCAAAUGAGAUAGUAUUCACAUACACUCGAUCAUUAACGAUACCUCGCUUGUUAAUCACGGUUAUUAGACAUACGAGCGUCAUUGCUGACUCUCGAGAAGCUCAAAGUAACUGGAUAUGGUGGUAUAAUCGGAUUAAUCUUUUACAAUCUGCUAGAAAAAAAAGAUAAUUAUUAAAUUAAAAUAUAUUUAUUUCAA